CUCACACUUGUUUCGCUUACUGCUAUUGAAAGGGUAUUUUGGUCCAUAAUGAUGGAGGUCCUUGCGCAGGAUGAGUCCACCAUCGAAGACUGUCGAAUGGCAUUGAAAACGGCUUACCUAGAAAGAGACUACCUCGAAGCAAUCGGGCACGCAUCGCGCAUUUUAGACGCUGAGAAGGGGAGGAUACAGCAGGUGGAGCAAUUGUUUGUCGACUUUGAGAAUGACAGCCUUCAACUCCAGUUGGACCGAUUGAACCAGGACUUGGCCCGAUCGAUGAGGAGAGAGACCGAUGCGCAACAGGAACUGCGGAAAGUCCACGAGGAUCUGAAACGGUCUCAACAGACGGCUGUGGUUUGCUCGCGGGAAACCGAGGAGCUUCGCGAAGAGCUUGCCUCCGUGAACACCGUUUCCGCGGACUCCCAGAAGCUUGUCGCCGAGAAAACCAAACUAUCAAGAGACCUUGCAUCGCUGCAAUCCGAGGUGGAGCGGCUCCGAUCUCAAGCAGCUUCCACGUCUGCCGCCAUCGCCGAAAAGCAAGCCCUCGAACGCCAACUCAACGCGUUGGAUGUAGAACUGGAGAAUGAGAAACGGGCGCAUGAUCACACCCACGCUCAGGCGUCCGAACUGUCUGACGAGAUCGUCGCUCUCACAACCAAGCUGGACGAGACGCGGAAGAAGCUUGCCGAGGUGGAGAGCCAUGCACACCAACAGGGCCGUAAAUGGGCUUCGGAACGCAGCACACUCGAAGCGAAGAUCGAAAGUUUGAGUCGGAAGCAGUCUCUCGACCAGGAGAAUCUCGCCGCGACACAGGCCAACAAUCAACGAUGGCCGGUUGCGCCGGAAGCCACAAGACUGGCCGAUCCGCCCCCGCAAACCAUUCCGCUCAAGGAUCAGUCCCGCAGCUCCCGAUUUGAUCCCGGCAUGACCAUCAGCACGCCUGGUGCUGUCCGCGGCGCGGAGAAAAAGAAGCAACCCAUCGCGCGACCGGGUGAGAAGUCCGCAUUCUCCAUCACCCCAUUCCUGGAGCGCACUAAAGGGCGCGAUUCGACGAUGUCCUCGGACGAAUCAGAGAACGACACCCCUGUGGCGCGCGCGGUUGAUCGCGCGAGGGAGCAGCGCUCGGAAGCCUCUAGUGAAGGUCGAAGCAUCGCUUCCAGCAAUCGGGAGCCGUCGGUCUCGGCCAAUGAGGCCGUCUCAGAGGAACAACCGGCUCAGGUCAAGCCCAAGCCCAAAGUUACGAAAAAAGUACAGAAGAAACCGAGCGACCUGGUUGACUCCAGCGACAUGGCAGGGACGUCUGCAUCAUUAUUCAACCGUGCCCCAGGCCUCGGAAUGGCGAAAACCAAGAAGCGCAAGUUGGGUGGGCAGCGUGAUAAGACACUGCUUGACGAUGACUUCGAGGAGGAGCCCCGAAAGGAUCUCAAGAAACCCGCCGCAUUCGGUGCGUUUUCAACAUUUUCGCCCCUGAAGAAAGAUCGGCGGCGAUGAGGUGCGUAGGAAGAAGUAUUCCGUCUUUCUCCUUGGUCUUCAUAUGACUAUAAACUACGACUUGCAUAAUGGGAGGUCCCUCAAACUGGCGUUAUGGAUAGCUAGAACUGGCCGGUGUAUGUGAUAUUCUUAGCAGAGGAAACAAUACUUCACUGAACAAACCCCAAGCUCCAACCAUGGCCAAUUCCACGAUAGGAAGAUGACUGUGCCCCUAGCUAUGGUGAUCUAUGGUGAUCAGUGGGGCGCAGGCUUGAGUUCCUCCAAACCAAACCGAUGAUGGUGCUCACAGGAUGAUGAUCCACCCCCGGAAUGUGAGAGACGCGAGAUGGAUUAUCCAGGGGGUGGAAUGGCGAUCUGCUGGCGGCUCACUACUUCAAUCCUUCCUCGUCUCCUUAUAGAUAACACUUGGCUCAGCAUACACCUUCACUCUGAGUGUGCCCAUCCG